GAUAUAUGUGUUGUGUACUGUACAUGUUUGUUCUUAUUUUCGGACAUUUUGACUUAACAAGUAGCUGGCCUCCCGGAACAUUUAAGGUUUUAUUUAUUUAUUUUGAAAGAACAGGGUAAUCGUUGGAGUACAUUUUGGAAUUAAGAUUGGAUUUUUAUAAGGUAUCAUAGCGGGAACGUAUGUGUGUGAUAUAUAUGUUAGCUUAGCUGCACUUGUGGGGACAGUGUUUUGGGUAAAAAUAACUCUUUAUGGGAUUUGGGGGGCUCUAUUUUCUUGUGGUUUUUGCCAUAGGACCCCCACAUAGUGAGAGGGUAUUUGGGGUUUUAUGUGUAGUUUGGCGUUUUAGUUAGGAUUGGAGUCAAAUUAAGGAUUAGCAUUAAGCAUAUAUUUGGAAGAGCUAAAACUUAAAGCAGCCAGGGAGUGCAUUAUGUCUGAGUGAAGUUUCCGCGGAACACACACAGACAGACAAAAAAAAACCAAUGUCUGUCUGAGUGUGUGUGCUGGCUUGUGUGUGUAAGUGUGGGAGGAGCCCUCUCUGAUAACAGUCCCCAGUCUCCCCUCUCUUAUCUUCCGUUCCCCGCCGUCCGAGUAGCGGAUCCGAUCCGGACCUGCUUGAGGAUUUAACUAAUUCUUCUGAAAGUUCAGUGAAGGCUCAGCCGUCCCUCCCAUGGUUUCCACGGCAGGCUCACCCGACAUUGACUCGACUUUGGGGAAUCUAUCGGCGGCUGUUUUGUGGUCUUAAGAAUCAUGGAAACGUGGUCUUUGAAUCACGUCCUCGGCUGGUCUCUGUCGCUCCUGCUCUUGGCUCUGCCGCGGCCCCUCUGGGCGCAGACCCCCGGCAACGGCAGCUGGGAUCCCGCGGGAUUUUAUAAUUCAGCCGCCACGGAUGACGUGAGCAGCACGGACAACAACGCCACCUCAAGUUUAUUCUCCAGCGAGAGUUUAUCUCCAUCACAGAGGAGCCUCCUGCUCUCGCACUCUGCUGAAACACACACCACCACUGUUGGAGACUUGGACAGUGAGCAGACACAGACGUUCACAGAAACAGGCAGCAGGUCACAUGGUCCGUCUACUGAGCCACUAAUGUCCAGCCUGUAUGUAGCCACCACUGAGUCCAGCAGCAGCGUGAGCAGCAGCAGCAGUAGUAGUAGCAGUAGCAGUAGCGAUAGCAACGCCUGGACAGAUUUUAUUAAUACAGAACUGGCACCAGAUGGUCCCCAUACCUUAUCCUGGGAACCCAAAGGACACACAGAUGUCACCAGCCAGCAAAAGGAGAACCCAGUGUGGCAGAAGCUUGCAACAUCAUCAGCAUCACAGACAGACCUCCACACCGACAGCACCUAUACCUCCACCUCCAUAAGUCGAGUCGGAGAGAGGACCCUGCUGUCAGUCACUUCGUCCUCCUCUUCUUCCUCCUCCUCCUCGUCCUCCUCUUCUUCAUCCUCCUCUUCUUCCUCCACUUCAUUUUCCUCCUCCAGCAACAACACCUCCUCUGCUUUUACGAAGGACUCCAACUCCUCUCAGCCCCCUCCUGAAGACUACACCCACAGCGCCUCACCCACUGGUGGUGACAGCAGCAACACAACAGACUUGCUCAUCACCAACUCCGGAGGAACCCAGAGUUUAACUCGGCCUCCCAGCAACGCACAGAAACAGCCGACCUCCACAUCUGAGGAGAAAUCCGACUCUACGCCACCACCUCCUGUCAUGGAGCUCAGCACUGACCACUCUGACCUCUCCCUUUCAUCCACACCUCCUCUCUUGUCGACAGCAGCAGCUGGUCCUACCGAAGUCUCGGGAACAGACCGGGAUUUAAGCUCUGAUGUAAGGACUUUCACCGAGUCUUCCACUGCAGACCACAGCCUCAGCACACAGAACCAAGAGAGCACAGAGAGGCUGCCAUCCCACACACCAGAGGACAACACAGUCCAGGGUGUCACCACAGCGCCCCCUACUGUCCGUAGUGAUACUUCUGAGAUGGAUCACACUUCAUCCUCGGUUCCUGUGAUCUCCCUCCACACCACUUCAGUUCCUGAUACUGAAAGAUCAACAGUUACGGAGGACACUUUCAAAGGCACCACUUCCUCUCACACUACCAGCCAAGCCACGACCUCCCCACCUGCGGUCAUGACCAGGUCCAGCAGCGUCUCAAGUGACACCACAACAAAGUCUAAUAAUGAGGCCACUGUCCUCUAUACUACGGCCUCCAUCGCCGUCUCCACCACCGACCUGCACACCUCAGCCGUGCAGCCCACUCAGCAUGUUUCACCGAGUCAGACCCAGAGGCCCGUCACGGGGAGCGUCAAACCCACCGACAUCACCGACCUGCAGGAAGACACAGCCACUGUGGGCGUUACCACUUCUCCCAGUCCAACCACAACCACAACCGCAACCACAACCUUAUUAACCCAGCCCCACAGCACCCCCACCAGGAGUACAGAGGUUCUGACCACCACUGACACGCAGACACACAGAGGAACCACAGAGUUGCUGGUGACGACGUCACCGACCGCAUCCACAAAGACAGUCCUGCUGCCUCCACCAAGAGACCCAUGUUUGUCAAACCCCUGUCUGAAUGGAGGGAUGUGUGUGACUUAUAGAAGAAAUCAGUUCACAUGUCAGUGUCAGCAGGCCUGGACUGGAGCAACCUGUAACCAAGAUGUGGAUGAAUGUGAGCGAGACCCCUGCCCGCUGGGCUCCAGGUGUGUGAACACACGGGGUUCUUUCAGCUGUGAGUGUCCACUCGGCUUUGACCUUGAGGACGGACGUGUCUGCACUAGAGCAAAAACAUUUCUGGGAACAUUCAGUUUGAAGCGACAACCACACGACACUGUUUUGGUCAAGAGCGCCACCAUGCAUGAGAUACAGAGAGAGAUUAUUCAGCUGCUCAACGCCUCAUUAUCCGUUCUCCACGGUUACAGCCGCUCUACACUCAGUCGGAAAGAGGAGGACGGGGUGCACAUCUCCGUUGUCAACAUGUUUUCCAUCUCUACUCAAGUGACGAGUGCUGAAGUCUACAACAGCAUCCAGAUGUUCCUGAGCAACUGCAGCUCCUCCACGACCCACUGCCGCAUGGUCCUGCAUCACCAACUUAGCUAUCACGCGGAGAGUCUGUGUGCAGCUCAGAGGACUCAGUGUGACGUGGAGCGCUCCAGCUGCACGGACAGCAGUGGCACCGCCUACUGUCAGUGUCAUCAAGGAUACUACAAACACAAUCCUGAUGACCUGUCCUGUCUGGAAUGUGGCGAUGGCUUCAAACUAGAAAAUGGAACCUGUGUUCCAUGUACUUUUGGAUUUGGAGGAUUCAACUGUGGGAAUUUUUACAAGCUGAUAGCUGUGGUGGUGUCACCUGCAGGGGGUGCUCUGCUUCUCAUCUUCAUCAUUGCGCUUAUUGUAACAUGCUGCAAGAAAGACAAAAAUGACAUCAAUAAGAUCAUCUUCAAAAGUGGAGACCUCCAGAUGUCUCCGUAUACAGACUUUACAAAAAACAACCGCAUAUCCAUGGAGUGGGGUCGGGAGACCAUUGAGAUGCAGGAGAACGGCAGCACCAAGAACCUGCUGCAGAUGACAGAUAUUUACUACUCUCCUGCUCUGCGUAACUCGGACCUGGAGAGAAAUGGACUGUACCCGUUCACAGGUCUGCCCGGCUCUCGCCACUCCUGCAUCUACCCGGCCCAGUGGAACCCGUCCUUCAUAAGUGACGAUUCACGAAGGAGAGACUACUUCUAACAUCUUCACCCCCCCCCCAAAAAAAGUGCA